UGGGGUUUAGUUGGUUUUUAAACCGUUUACUAUUGCUUUAAUCGGUCUGCGGUCUCAAUCGACAUGCGGAUUUUGUUAUUAAUUUCAACAUUGUUGGCCACCGCAUUGGCCUUCAAUUUACCAGGAAUACCUACCGAAUUUACAGCCAACGAUGCUGUUCUAUCUGCCAUAUCGGAUGACAUUGCAAGAAAAUUCGAAAAUGAAUAUAUGAAAUAUCUGAAGACAGGUGUCGAGUCUGCAGUUUUGAAACAAAUCUCCACACAAUUGUCCCAAUCUCACAGCAAAAAGGACAUUUUCGUUAAAGAAGUGCAUGAACUGGGAGCUGUCGAUCAGUUCUUUGUCUGUGUAACAUGCCGUGCAACUCUGAAUGUUAUUGCCCGUUCAUUCCGUGAUCCAGAAGGUGAAUUGACCGGACCCAACAAUAAGCCGAUUAUGAAGAAAAUUGUUCUUGACAUUUGUGAUCGUUUAAAAAUCCAAACCGAAGAAGUUUGUGAAGCUCUCUUCGAAUCUCAUUGGGACAUUGCUGAAUAUAUUAUAACAAACACCGUCAUCGAUUCGCGCGAAAUGUGUGGCCUCUUUAUGCAAUUGAGUUUCUGUGAUACGGGUAAACAUCCCGACUACGAAUGGUCUUUGGCCGUUGACCAGUCAGUGCCUGAAGCCACAGAACCCAAAUCUGAUAUUCCCUCUAAGAGUGAAAAAGAUUUGAAAAUCUUACAUUUAACUGACAUCCAUCACGAUCCCUGGUACAAGGCUGGCGCAUUGGCUGAAUGUGAUGAGCCGCUGUGUUGUCAACGUCAUAGCGAGGUGGCAGAGGGUACCUCAAAGGCGGCCGGUUAUUGGGGUGAUUAUCGUGAAUGUGAUUUGCCAUGGCAGACACUUGAAAAUGCUUUCGAUCACAUUAAAACCACUCAUAAAUUGGAUUAUAUUUAUCAAACUGGAGAUGUGGUGGAUCACAUGGUGUGGGGUACUUCGGAUGAAAAGAAUGAAGAUGUCUACAAGAAUGUUAUUGAAAAAAUGUAUGAAGUAUUCCCUGAUGUUCCCGUCUAUCCAACAAUUGGUAAUCACGAAUCGCAUCCAUUGAAUAUGUUCUCGCCAGACUAUGUGCCGGAAUAUGUAAAUACCAGAAAAUUAUACGAAGUUUUGUAUAACAUUUGGUCGAAAUAUUUACCCGAAGAUACCAAGAGCACGAUUCUCAAGGGUGGUUACUAUACGACAUUGGUCAAGCCCGGUUUCCGUAUUAUUGCGCUGAACAACAACGAUUGCUACACCGAUAAUUGGUGGAUAUUCCACAAUGGUACCGAUAUGAAAUCCCAACUGCAAUGGCUGCACGAGGUUCUUUUGACCGCUGAAAAAGCCAAUGAAUAUGUUCACAUCUUGGCUCACAUUCCCUCGGGUGAUGGCACCUGCUGGAAGGUGUGGUCUCGUGAAUAUAAUCGUAUUAUUGCCCGUUUCCGCAACACCAUCAGUGGUAUUUUCAAUGGCCACACCCACAAAGAUGAAAUGAAUGUUCAUUAUUCGAAUGGCCAUGCUGUGGGUAUUUCAUGGAAUGGUGGUGCCCUGACCACAUGGACCGAUAAGAAUCCCAAUUAUCGUGUCUAUCAGGUGGAGCCAAGCAGUUAUCAAGUUGUUGACCAUGAAACCUGGAUUUUCAAUUUGACUGAGGCCAACAAUGCCGGCAAAGAUGCCAGUCCCAAUUGGUUCAAGGAAUACACAUUCUCAGAAGAGUUUACCAGCAAUUUGAGUCCUGCCUCAAUUGAUUCAUUCUUGGAUAAAAUGGCUGAGAAUCCCGAUCUGGUUAGAAAGUUCUGGCGCUACAAAAUGACAUCUGCUGAUCCCAGAUUAGCAGAAGGUUGUGGAAAGUCCUGCCUUCUGAGCACUUUGUGUCGCAUCGCCACCUCGGUGAAUGAUCAGAAGACACGUUGCGAAGAGCUGAAAGCCAAACUAAGUGUUGCGAUCGACAAUGAAAACAACAGCAGUUCCGAAGGUACGACCGCCGGUACAACUGCCAGCACUGCACCUACUCCAACCGGAUCAACGACAGAAUCUAAUCCAAGCACAAAACCCCCCGGUGGUGGUGGUGAUGGUGCCAUGUCAAUUACUGCCAUUAGCCUGACAUCAUUGCUGGCCGCUCUCUUUGCCAUCAAAUGUUUGUUCUAAAUUGUAAAUUGAGAUUAUGACUGGAGAGAAUUGCAAUUGUUUUACGAAAUAAAAUAAUUGAAUAAUUUUACUUAGAUUUAUUUAAAA